AUGUCCAGCUCAGCCAACCGGCUGCAGCUGCUGCCAGGACGUUUUCGCGGCAUGGCGGGGGAGGCUCUGCACGCCUGCUCGCAGCAGAUAGCAACGUUGAUGCGGAAUCGUCGUGGUUUCGCUUUUGGUGCAAGCGGUGUGGCGCUCUUCGUCGUUCUGGGCGCCAUCCAGCGAGUGCGUCGACGCGGGCGUGGAGGCAUUGGUGCAAGCACAUGUGGUCGGCAAGGACGAUUUGCACGGAAAAGUGGCGCUUCCAUCGAAAAGCAGCGCGAGCCUUGCCCAUGCCCGGUACUUUGGGAACAAAUUCAGCAACGGGACUGGCUCUUUGGACUACCACCACAAAUUGCGGACUCAAUCUUGGCACGCUUGGACGCCCAGGACCUUAAGGCGCUUCGCGCGACGUGCCGCCAAACUUAUCUACAGGUGGCUGCUCGCACCACCAAGCUGGUCCGCGCCCUGGAUGCGUCCCCUCGCACCUGGCGCCUCCUUGCCUGCCCCCGCCUGGACAGCAUCUACCCGGGGCUCAGGGAGCUGCACCUCGUCAUGGCGGGGGGGGCAGCGGGGGACGGGGAGGCGGACGGGGAAGCGGACGGGGAUGCCGCGGGCCUGCGGGCCCAGCGGGUCGGCGGCCGCCGCAACGGCCGGGCCGUAACGUCGCCCGCGGCUGGAGCUACUGCCAACAAGACUCGCCUAAUGCUACCGGGCAGCGGCAGCGGCGGUUUGUGUGGUGGGCCUCCUGCGCGGGAGAGAGAAGACGGGACUCUUCCUGGUUGCCGUGGGGGUCCUGAGUGCCUGCGGGACUUUGUGAUCUGGUGCGGUAACGGUCACCUGCAAGGUCUGACGCUUCUGGACCUGAGCCGUUGUGAGGGGGUGCCCAUACACCGGGAUACAUGGGUGGCGUUGCUGGAGGCCCUGGGGCCCGGGGAGGUCACGCUGAGGGUGGACUGGCGGGCGCUGCUGCACCACGCAGCUGCUUCUGGUACGGCCGCCGCCGCCGCCGCGGCCUCGGGAAGUGCGGGUGGUUCCGCCGCUGGUCGCGGCGGCGGCGGCAACUCUGCCGCUGGGGCGGCGGCGGCCGCCGCGAAGGCCAAGGCUGCUGCGGCUAAGGCUGCGGGGCUGCUCACCUCCCCCAUGCCCCCUGACGGCCCGUCUCCUCCAUCCCUCCCGCCACUCCCUCCCCCGCCGCCGCCGCCGCCGCGCCCUGCCGUACUUGAGCAGCUGUGCACUAUCAGCCAGCUGGCGAGCGUCUCCUUGGCGGUGUGUGGAGUACGGCCUCUGGCUCACCACGCCGGGUGGUUCAGCUGCCUCAGGAGGUUGCAUUCCCUGGAGCUGAGGUACCGGGAGGAGCCCACGGGUGACGUGGCGCUGCAUCAGAUUGUCCGGGCCUUGCAGGCCCCGGUGCCGCUUCGCUCCCUCAUCGUACACCGUCCCACUACCCACCCCCUGGACGAGGCAGAUCUGGCGGCGCUCGCCCAGCUGCCCUCCCUGGCCUCCCUUGACGCCCCCGGACUGCGGGUCCACAACCCGACAUCGCUGGUCAUGACGGGCCUCACCCGCCUGGCGCUGAGGAGCGACCGGUUGGAGCUCACGCAGCCGCUGGUGGCGCUGUUCCCCGCCCUGGAGCAUUUGGAGCUCGGGAACGGGGCUGUAGAUCUGCCGCCUACGCCGGUGCUGGCGGCGGCGGCAUCCGUGGCGGGGGGUGCUGCUGCUGCUGGCGGCGCCGGAGGCGGCUGGCGGAUGUUGCAGAGGGGACAAGAUGCGCCGGCGGGGCCGGUGGCGGCCGCGGCGGCGGCGGCAGCAGAGGUGAUGGCGGCAGCGCCGCCGCCGCUGGCAAUGCUUCCUGGUGCCGUACUGGCGGACGAGUUGGUAGUGCCAGUGGCCGCGGCGGCGGCGGGAGCGUCGGGUCAUCUUCGCCGGGGUCAUCUGGAUCAGCGUGUGGCGCAGUCGCUGUUGCCUCCCGAGCUGACCCUGCAUCUGCGGCUGCUGCAGGGGCUGUCCGGCCUGCGUGUGCUGUCUAUUGGCGGCAAGCCGGGUCACGGGGUGGAGGCGCUGUCGUCGCUCACCACACUGUCCGCCCUCAUUCUGGUGCGCUGUAGCGAGUUCCGCCCCCUCCGUAAGGCCGUAGAGGAGCUGCGGGGCCUCACGCAGCUGCGCUCCCUGGAGCUGCACGCCUGCCUGGGAGGCGACGCGUGCGGCUACGAGAUUGCCCGGCUGCUGCGCCGCUUGCAGAAGCUCCCCAACCUCUCCCGCCUCGUGGUACACGGGUGCGAUCCCCGGCUGCCGCAGCAGCUGGCCACGGCACCUCUUGGCCGGUUGUCGGAGCUCCAGUUGGUGGGACAGCCAGAGCUGCAGCCUCUGGAUCUGCGCUACGCAGUGCAGGCGCAGACGGGCUGUCGGCGGCUGGUGGUGCGAGGGUGUGCGCGUUUGGAUCGGCGGAUGGUGGAGGGGCUGCCCGUGGCUACGGGUCGGCCGCUGCUGUCAGUGGAGUGGGCGCCCUGUGAGGAGGUGGAGGAGCCCGCCGUACUGCAGUCGGGCAAUGGACUGCCGUGCGGUUGUGCUCUUAUGGUGUGCCACAGACCCACGCUGUAA